AAACCUUGCCAUUUUAAUCAACGCAGAUUUCGUUUCGUAUUCUAAAAUUUGUAUUGCUUUUUUGUUGCCCUUUGUGGCAACCAAAUUAGUCUGAACUUCAAAAUUCUAAAAAAAAGAUGUGUGAAAUCAAUUUGGUUGCCUAUAAUGUCUUUCGACGCGAUCUGGCCAGAAUUUUCAAGACCUUCAAUUCAUCCACACAAACCGAUUUUACCGAGGAAAUCGGUACAAGCACUGACCUUGAUGUCAAAGCUGAUUCGGAACCGAGUCUCUCAAAACUCUACGAUCUGGAAUUGGAUUAG